CUGUAAUAGCUUUAAAUGGAUUAAAUUAGAAUUAAUUAAAAACGUACUAACGAUCAUUUCCAUUAUAACAUAUUAAUUCCUAGAAUUAGUUCGAUGAGUCAGUACUGCGUCUACUUUUAAAUCGUACUCAAGUGUGAAAAAAUGAAGACUCAAAAGCAAAACUGCUGCGCGAAAAGGACGAUCCUUGAAAAAAUUCUAAUAGUAGUUGUGGUGCUCUUAGUGUGUAUUUUAAUCGCAUUGUUUUGUGUUUUCAUUUUACAUAUUAAAAACGGUAAGAGACACUUUACUCGACCAGUGGUGCAAAACUUGUCAUGCCCCACACCGAGUCCUCUCCGAGUCAAAAAAAACACUCCUUGCAUGACCCAAAACUGCAUCAAAUCCACGUCACAAAUAAUUGAUUUUAUCGAUCCUACUGUAAAUCCGUGUGACAAUUUUUACGAUUUCGUGUGUGGCAAUUUUCUUAAUAAACCGAAAGUGUCCAACGAAAUAACACCACUCAGUACCUUAGAGGCCAUAACUUUACAACAACUUAAUUCGUUGAUCACGGAAGCCAUCGAUGGAACACUACCCAAAUCAUGGGCUUUGCAAAGAAAGUACUACAAAAUGUGCAUGAACACUAGUGCUAUCGAAGAAAACAAUAGUGAAACUUUCUUAGAAAUGUUGAAAUAUCUGGGUGAUUGGCCACUACUUCAUGGGCGCUUCUGGGACGAAAGAAAAUUUGAUUGGUUGAGCUCGAUGGUCUUGUGUCGAAAAGUUGGGUUCGCAUUUGAGUAUUUUCUGAAAAUUGGAGCCAAAGAUGCAGCGAAUGAAACCGGAACUAUAGUUUUAUCGAUAAAUCCACCUGCUGUAACCGAUUUGCCGUUCCAUUUGAGAAAUUUUUACGUCGAGCUCAUGUCAAACAUUUCGAUAGAGUUGGGGGCGCCUCCGUAUUUGGUUACGCAUGAGGUUAACCGAGUCUUGCAAUUUGAAGACGAAAUCAAAGCGGCAGUUGUGGACGAAUUACAAAAUGGCCAAGAAAUAAUUACAACGAUUGAAAGUCUGGAAACCCAAUUUCCUUCAAUUCCUUGGGUCGAUUUCCUCACUAAUAUUACAAUGAAUUCAAACAACAUCAGCUCAAACUCUUGGAUACAUUUUCGCGCCGGUCGCUAUUUGAGAAACUUACAAACUUUGCUGCACCGGACGCCAAAAUCAAUUCAAGCUAAUUACAUCGUGUGGAAAAUCAUUGAACACUUUCGCAAUUAUUUAAAAGAAAGCGUUCGCUCACUUUACGAAUCAUUUUUAAUUCACCUCAACCCAAAUUUAGCUUUUGUAAACAAUCGACAUUUGUACUGUUUACAGAAAUCCAAAUUCUAUUUUCCUUCAGUUACUGAAUUAGCUUACGUUCGGACAUUUCUCCAGCGUCGAUCGCGAGACAACAUCAAAGACAUGGCCACAAGAAUAAAAAACCAACUCCAAAAUAAAAUCAGAUCGAAUGAGUGGCUUGAUGAGAACUCUAAAAACUUUCUUGAAGACAAAGUCGCCCAAAUUGAAAAUAUAAUCGGAGCUUCUGACUACGCAUUCGACCAAAACUUCGACCACAUCGUCGAAAUGGACGAGUUUGACCUCGAAACCGACAACAUCAUCGAAAUGGCAGCUAAACUCCACGCGAAACGAGCCGACAACUACUUCAAUAUAAUCAACCGAAAAUCAAACGAAGUGGCCAGGGACGUGUUAGAAAAAUCGCCUGUUUUAUAUAUAAACGCAUUCUAUGCUGAAGAUUUUAACGCAAUGAUUGUACCGGCUUCGUUUUUGCAAGGUGUAAUCUACGAUCUUGACCGGCCCCAAUACAUGAAUUACGGGGCUUUGGGAAGCGUUAUCGGACACGAGUACACUCAUAGCUUUACAACUUUUGCGGAAGAAAAUCAAACAAAGACUGCGGAAAACGCAGACAAAUACGAAGGGAAAAUUAAAUGUCUCUUGGAGGAGUACAAAGCGUAUGGCAAGCAUCUGAGCGAGUUUACGACAAAUGCAAAAUCGGCCCUGGAAGAGAACAUCGCCGACUUAAUCGGCCCCGACUUGGCUUACGAGGCCUACCAACAAUGGAAACGUGAAAACGGUCCGGAGUCGACCCUCCCCAGCCUCAACUAUACCCAAAACCAGCUUUUCUGGAUAAUGUCUGGAGCUUUCAAAUGCUACCAACCCAAACGCGGAUUUAAACUCAAAUUCGAUCAGCACCACGGCGUUCCAUCAUUCGCCGUCACUUUCAGUAUGAGAAACUCUCCUUUUUUCGCCGCCGACUUCAACUGUCCUAUCGGUUCCAACAUGAACCCGAAGAAUAAAUGUCGAAUCUUGUGAAUAGAUUGUUUUCGUGUGUGUUCACACAUUCUCAUUAUUUAACGGGCAACGGUUAAUUAUAAUGAUAUAAAGAAGAAAAAAGAGAGAAUCGUUUUAAAUUAAUCUUCUUUUGACAUGUGUAGUUUUGAAAUAGUUUUAAUAUAUUAUGUUUUAUUACUAUUGUGACGAAGAUUUAAUUUUUGGGAUUCAUUCUAAAGCUUGCACUUACACUUUUUGAUUUAAUGAAACAAAAAUUAAAGAAACGGAGUUAAUUAUCCUAAUUAGGUUGUAAUCUUGUGAGAAUAGAAAAUGAUAAUUCCCAA